CCCAUUUUCACCUCGUAGGAUGGCAGCUGUUGAUUUGUCCCCUGGACAUCGUCUUUCUGGGGACCCAGUCUGCCUUCAUGAAGCAAAGACAGAGGCAGGAAGGAUGGUGGCUGACUGCCUGAAAAAUUACUAUCAGGAUUUGGUGACCUUCGAUGACGUGGCUGUGGACUUCACCCAGGAGGAGUGGACUUUGCUGGACACAACUCAGAGAAACCUGUACAGCGAUGUGAUGCUGGAGAACUACAACAACCUGGCCACAGUAGGAUGUCAGCUCAUAAAACCCAGUUUGAUCACUUGGUUGGAACAAGAGGAGUUAAAGGCAGUUCAGGGAGGAGUUUUCCAAGGAUGGGAAAUGCAAUUUGAAACCAAAUGGUCAGCACUUCAGCAGGAAUUUUUGAGGGGUCAGACAUCCGUUGGGAUUCAAACAGAAGGAAGCCACAAUGCAGGAGAAGUCUGUGAUUGUAAGCUACACGGAGAAGUCUUCAGUGAACACUCAUGCCUUAAGACACACAUGAGAACCCAAAGUCUAGGGAACACGUAUGACUGUAAUCGGUAUGGGAAAGACUUUCUCUUCCUGCACAAGAAAACCUCUGCUGGUGAGAAACUUCCUGAGUUAAAUCGGAGUGGGAAAAUCUUCAGCCUGACACCAAAUAUUGUGUACCAGAGAACUAACACACAAGAGAAAUCCUUUGGAUGCAAUCACUGUGGGAGAUCCUUCAUAAGUCAGUCAUGCCUUCAGGCACAUAUGAGAAGUCACAAUGGGGAAAAACUCUAUGAAUGGAAGGAAUAUGGGACAGAUUUUAUUCACUCCACAAGCCUUUCUGUGCUAUUAGAAACCCUCAAUGCAAAAAAGCCCUACAAAUGUCAGGAAUGUGGAAAAGGCUAUAGAUAUCCGGCAUACCUCAAUAUUCACAUGCGAACUCACACUGGAGAGAAACCAUAUGAAUGUAAGGAAUGUGGGAAGGCCUUUAAUUAUUCUAAUUCAUUUCAAAUACAUGGAAGAACUCACACUGGAGAGAAGCCCUAUGUAUGUAAGGAAUGCGGGAAAGCCUUCACUCAGUACUCGGGCCUUAGUAUACACGUACGAUCUCACAGUGGAGAUAAGCGCUAUGAGUGUAAGGAAUGUGGGAAAUCGUUCCUUACAUCCUCACGCCUUAUUCAACAUAUAAGAACUCACACUGGAGAGAAGCCUUUUGUAUGUGUUGAAUGUGGAAAAGCCUUUGCUAUUUCCUCAAAUCUUAGUGGACAUUUGAGAACUCACACUGAAGAGAAGGCCUGUGAGUGUAAGAUAUGUGGGAAAGUAUUUGGGUAUCCUUCAUGUCUUAAUAAUCACAUGCGAACUCACAGUUCCCAAAAACCAUACACAUGUAAGGAAUGUGGGAAGGCUUUUAACUAUUCCACCCACUUAAAAAUUCACAUGCGGAUCCACACUGGAGAAAAACCCUAUGAGUGUAAACAAUGUGGGAAGGCCUUCAGUCAUUCCAGUUCAUUUCAAAUACAUGAAAGAACUCACACUGGAGAGAAACCCUAUGAAUGUAAGGAGUGUGGUAAAGCCUUCAUAUGUUCCAGUUCCUUUAGAAUUCAUGAAAGAACUCACGCUGAAGAGAAACCCUAUAAAUGUCAGCAAUGUGAGAGAGCUUAUAGUCAUCCCCGUUCACUUCGGAGACAUGAAAGGACUCACUAG